CCAAGGGAGUGCCUUUGGUGGGCUGGGCCCUUCCAUGCACACACAGCCAGCCUUGGCAUGCUCCACCCAAGGGCCCUGCCCAGCUCUCUCACAGGCUGCCUGCUACACCCAGAGCCAGCCCCCAGAGAUACUCCCCACAGCCCCACCCCCAGGACUGGGCCCCCACACAUGCUAACCCCAAGAACAGUCCUCGUUGACGCCCCCCCUCCCCCAGUGUAGUUUCAGAGUGAGAUGUUGCUCACCUGUCCCCUCUGAAGUGCCCUUACCCACCCCUUCCCAUGCCCACCCCAUGCCCAUUCCUGCCCCUGCCCCCCUCAGGAUUGUGUUGAUCUGUGCCAAGCGGUCCCUGUGUGCAGCCUUUUCUGUCCUGCCCUACGGAGAGGGCCUGCGGGUCAGUGACCUGAGGGUGGACGGGCAGAAGCAGCGGCAUCCAUCAGGUGGUGUCUCCGUGGCCUCUGAGAUGGUCUUUGAGCUAGAAGGUGUCGAGCUGGGCGCGGAUGGAAAGGUUGUGUCCUAUGCCAAGUUCCUGUACCCCACCAACGCCCUGGUGGCAUCCAAGGGUGACAGCCAUGGCCCUACGGCCCAGCCUCGACCUAGUAUUCCCCGGUCUCUGCCAGGCUCCAGACACAAGCCCGGCCCCACCAAGUCGGCGCCAGCAGCCACAGAGCUAGGGAGUGACCCCAGCGAUGCUGUCGAGUACAACCCCAACCUCCUGGAUGACCCGCAGUGGCCCUGCGGCAAGCACAAGAGGGUCCUCAUCUUCGCCUCCUACAUGACCACGGUGAUCGAGUAUGUGAAGCCUUCAGACCUCAAGAAAGACAUGAACGAGACCUUCAGGGAGAAGUUCCCGCACAUCAAGCUCACCCUGAGCAAAAUCCGUAGCCUGAAGCGGGAGAUGCGCAGCCUGUCGGAGGAGUGCAGCCUGGAGCCCGUGACCGUGUCCAUGGCCUACGUGUACUUCGAGAAGCUCGUGCUGCAGGGCAAGCUCAACAAGCAGAACCGCAAGCUGUGCGCGGGCGCCUGCGUGCUGCUGGCCGCCAAGAUAAGCAGUGACCUGCGCAAGAGCGAGGUCAAGCAGCUCCUGGACAAGUUAGAAGAGCGGUUUCGGUUCAACCGACGGGACCUGAUCGGGUUUGAGUUCACGGUGCUGGUGGCGCUGGAGCUGGCCCUCUACCUGCCCGAGAGUCAAGUGUUACCUCACUACCGGCGCCUGACCCAGCAGUUCUAGUUGCCGUGCGAUCCCACCCUGCCCCUCUCCACACCCUCUGCUUUCCUUCCUAAGCCACACCUCCUGUCCAUGUCUGGGAGUUUUCCCGAGGUUGUCUCCCAUAGGUGGGCUUCGGUUAGGUUCUCCGAGCACUGUGGGACCACGCCAGCAUAUAGGCCGCAGAGUGGGAGCGUUAGGGCGGGGACGUGGCCAUGGGCCCCCAAAGGCUGACUCCUCCCACCAAGCCCCACCCCACGAGGCAAACCUGCCUUCGAGCCUGCUUUUUAUUCCUUACUCCUGGACUCCGUUCUUCCAAGCAUCGUGUCACUGUGAACGCCACAUGCUGCGUCCCACUCCCAGGACUUGGAGCAGCCCUCACACCUUAUUAUGCAAGACCGCCCACCGCCCUCGCCCCGGAAACCCGGGCACCCCGACUGGGGAAGAUCUGCUGCUUCUGACUCAUCUCCCUGAGCAAGGCUGGACCUGAGAACACGUGGGUUAAUUUGUAACCCAGGUUGGGUUUUGUGCAUCUUUCAAGAGGAAAAUCGGUGAAGUCUGCUGAUGUUGACUUUAAAAACCUCGAUACAUGAUCCAGAAUUGAGAAGCUGUUGCUGCCCCCUUCCCCUAGCUUGUCCGCUGUCCACAGCAGCAGGCUCAGAGACCCUGGGCAGCAAGGUCCAUUUUGCCUCAUGGGCCAGCUGGUCUCAAAAAACAAACUGUCAUCCCAGCCAGACUGCACCACCCCAGCUCUGUUGACCUUGUCUCCAGUGCCCCCACCCCCAGCAUCUUGACUAGGGCUUCUGCCAACUGUCACCAGCAGCUGCUGGGCGGAGACCCCCAGCACAGGUGGCAGUUGUCCUCUCACAGGUCACGUCAGCACACGGGGAGAUGCAGGGGACCAGGUGCCAGUGUCCCAACCGUAUUUAUUGCCAACAUUUCCUCUUCAGGGCCAGACAGCCCCCUCUGGAGCCAAGGACCAUCCCUCAAACCUGGUUUGCCCUCGUGAGCAGGGGCUGGCCCAGGAACGCUGCUAAAACGCCAUUGUCAAGGCCCCACAGAAUUCCAUUCUGAAAAGCCACUGGUGGCAACCCCUCAUACCAUCUCAAUCAGGCCUCUGUGCAAGGCCUCUCGGACAGCGUGGCUGACAUGGUCACUUAGGUUUGUGUGUUCGCGUGCUGAAAGUUACCUUCUACUGCCCCCAUGUUUUUUUCAUAAUGCCCAAAGCUGCCACUGUGCGGUCCCCAAGGCUUGUGCAGGACAGUCUGUAAAUCACAAAGGCCAAGAGCUCCAUCCUCAAAUCCAGCGUGGCCAGUCUCCAGUGUUUGUUGGGCUUGUGGCCUUGACCCCAGCACCUCUGGGAGGUGUGGGAUUGUCGGUCUUGGGUCUGUUUUCUAAGGGAUAACUUGUUUUGCAAUAAAGCUUGGUUUUGCUA